UUAAUUAGAAAUAAAAGUGAAACGACUUGAGAAAAGUGUCAUACUUACGAAGAAGUGGGAAAAUUGAAGACGUCAAUUGCGGUUGAGUUACCAGAGAUUUCUUUCAGUUAAGUUUUCGCGUGCGAAGAAGUGUUCGCGGGAGAUUCGUUUAUCGAUGGUGCAGUGCGCAUAAUGCGUUAUAUUGGUGCUUUUUAAUUUUUAAACGUUUUAACGAGAAUUACAAAUCAACAAGAUGAUUAAAGCUUAUAAAAGCAUUUGUUCUGUUUCAUUUCAAAUAACACUUGACAUUUUAUUGUUUGAAUGGUUUUUGUGCAUGGUGUAAAAAUUUAUUUUUCAAUGAUGUGAGGAAGUCUUUUCUCGCUAUAUAUAGUGCAAAUAUGACCUUUUAUUUGAUAACAAGUUUAAUUGUCACGAUAAUAACGAAGACAAUCACCGCCAUUACUAGUGAAGGAAAUUUUGAAGUGUUAUCAGAACCCAUUCCCUAUGACAGUCCGAAACCAGUGCCCAUAACCGCAGAAGAUUUAGGUGAAGUUAACCUCGAUAACGAAAACGAAAUAAAUAAUUCUUCAGAAAGCAUUACUAGUCAAGACAGAAUUUCGUACCAUCACAAAAAAGGAUACUAUCCCCACCGUUUCAGCCAUCAUCAUCAUCCGCAUCUUCAUAUUGUACCCUCUCAUCACCAUCAUCACCACCGUUUACCAUAUCAUAAACCACCACGAAAGAAAUAUCGUCGGGGACGCAAGAAACCGUCAUUAAUUCGAAUGCCAUUCGUGAAAAUGCCCUUUAAAAGACAAAAGCCAAUACUACUCUCCGAAGUAUUGCGUAACGGAGGUCGCCUACCUUACGGUAAGAUAAAAACCCCAGGACCCGUAAUCAAAGAUUACAUCGAAGAGGAUGAUUUGGAAACUAGUCCAUUUUCAACUGUAGAUAAUAUAGAAUAUCCGUCGCCGUUUAGCAAAGGUAGGCCGCAAUCGUUCGAAAUCGCCGACGAAAGUCCCGAUGUUUUACCAGUACAACCAAUCGAAGAAGAAGUCAUUUUCCCAGGAAUUCCCAACGUGAAACCAUUCGCUGGAUUGAGUAAACGACCACCUAGUAGUAUAUGGUCAUUAUCGAAGCCAGCAGAGAGCUAUUACGAUAGCGACGGGUCAGCAGAUAGCACCAGAAACAUUCGAUAUCAAAAUAAACCUUUGUAUUUGGAUAAAGAUAUCGCAAGUUUACUACAAAAAAUUAAAUUAGAAGGGUUGAAUGCGGCAGACUCGCAGCCUUCAUCUACAGAGACUGUCGUCGCCCAAGUUCAUAAUAAGGAUAAUAUUACAGAUUUAAAUGCCGCCAUUUCCAAAUUGCUCUUUCCUUUCUUAUCUGAUACGGCCAUAAAACAAAUUCAACUAUACUUCAAAAGUUUACCCAGCGAUAAACACCAUCAAGGGGAUAUCGCAGAAAAUCAAUACAAAGAUACCUCGAAAAAUUCAAACUAUUCUUCGAACCAGUAUUCAGUCACGGAAUCCGUUAAGGAAGAUGACAGCGAUAACUCCACAUACUUCAUAAUGGUAAAAUCUCCUAGUUAUAAAGGCCUAAACAUCACGAAAUUAUUAACUCAACAGUUCAACCAACAAAGAUGGCACGGUAAUAAUAAAACUGAGCAUGCAAAACCAGAACUUGCCUCAAAUACCACUGCUCCAGCUGCUAAAGAAAGUUUAGCACUACAAAAGUACAUCAUGAUGCUGGCCGGAAUCUCGAAAGAUGCCAGUAAUUCCAGUAACAAUGAAAAUUAUUUACCUCGUUUUAAUACGUUCCAAAAACAAGCCAGACAUUUAUGAAAUAUUAUAAGUGUUUCCUAUUGCUUAAAUUAUUAAUGUAAAUGACUAUUUAAUUUCAAUUGUAUAAUGUAUAUAGAAAUAAUUAUUUAAAUACACGUCUUAAUUUGUUUUCAAAA